AUGAGUUCUGGAUCAAAGGGAACGAGAGGAGCAAGACUCAAAGACAAAGGUAAGUUAUUACUCAUUGAUCGUUUUAAGACUUAUAAUGUUUCACUGUCUGCCGGAAGUUUCCGAAGCAAUCUAGUUGUUUGAUUCCUUCGUUAAAAAAAAGCUGCGCAAUUUUCAAGCUUUAUCGUUCGCUAAUUGAUUUUAAGGUAGCAUUGGUCAAUGAAACUAAAUUGCUGUCUAGACAUCAUCAGAGAGGAUGAGGGUAUGCUUGAUUGUUUCUCGUCUAAUUGGAUUCCAUCCUGCGCUGAAUUUAUUGAUGUUUUCAACCAUUCAUCCUGUUUUAGGUCAAUGAAGAUUGAUCUCUUUGACGCUUUUCCCUCUUCGACGCUUUGAAAAAGAAAAAAAAAUCACAUUAGAAGGGUUAAGUUUGCUUAUAAUUUAGGUUUCCUCACACUUUUUCUCACUAGGAACACUUCUCUGCUUUCUUUUCAUUACUUUAGCUCCUGAAGUACGUAGUCGCCGUCGCUUGCAAUACCCUGUCACCUCGCUUCAAGGAAAAACAUUUUUCAUUCACGUACGGUCAGCAGUUAAAGCGAGGGAAGUGGAAAAGAAAAUCAAGGAGCUGGGAGGGGUGAGUAUCCAUGUUUACCACAUGUUAGCGAUUAGAACAGGUUGCAUAGCGGGGAGGGCUGAAUGCUUGUACGUGACUAGUAAAGUUUGUUUGCAUUUUUGAUGGUUUGAAGCGACAUUUUCGCGUUUAAGCACAAACCAGAAUCGGAGAUUAACAGAGUAACGGGUCCAACUCCAUUUAUUUUCUUUAGGUGGUCGAGAAAUUUCUGAGUAAGGAUCUCUCCUGCGUUGUGACAGACCAGCCGAUAACAUCGCUUCGCCAAACGUCUCAAAAGAAAGAAUCCACCGACUUUGCCUUAUCGAGACUUCGGGGGGUAAGUUUUAUGUAUUGUUUACAUCUUUUGUAAUCAGUAAAUAAGCGGGAUCUUUCUGAUUGAGUCUCAUGAAACCAAAACCGAAGCCAUGCUCAAGCUAAUCAGAACAAAGGGACAUUUCGGAAGAUGCCCUUUAGGACUGAUACAAAAAAAUGAUACAAAAAAACUUAGCGACUUCGAGCAGGAAAUAGUGUCGUUUACAUUGGUUCAAAUUUUUUUAUUUUUUUUAUUUUUUUUAUUUUUCUUAAUUGGUGGAAAAAGUUACGUGUUUUUUAAGUCAAUCGAUUGAAAACCCUCAGCCUUAGCAAAUCCAGGAAACAAUAAUGAAUAUUACUCUGUAGUCACUUAAAUCGCAACUAAUAAACCGAUUUCCUUCUUUCUCGUAGCAAACUCGUGCUCAAGCUAUGCUCCAAAAGUCAGUUAAGCAAGAGAAGCGCGCAGUCAAGAGUACUGAUGUCUUGACCAAUGCACAGACGUGGGGAGUUCAAGUCAAACAGGUUGAGCUGGUUUUAAAAUGGAUUGAUGAGCAGAAGAAGCGACAAGCAAACGCUGAGUCAACUUGUCGCAUGUGCAGCCUGCGGGGAGCUUUCCUGAAAGUGGAAGAUCACAGUCGGUGAGUACCUGUACUUUGCUCUAAAUUCGAGACCCGAUGUUAGUGAUCUAAUGACAUAAAUUUACAUGCUUGCUGUAAAAUGAAAGGGAGGAGUUUAUUAUGAAGAAUUCUGACCAUAUUGUACAGCCAGCAAGUAGGUUUAUCUGUCUUUAAACGACGAGCUAAAAGUCGUUAGACCGAGUGCUCAGUAUUGAUAAAGCUAGAAUAUUUCAAAGAACAAUUAGCUUUCAAAGGAAAGGUAAUACGAGUUUAAGUUAAUGUUGAGUUAAAAAAAUUUGGUUUGCAGUUCGUAAACUGUCUGGAGCUCAUGAGGAAAUACCUUCGUAAUACCUUCGUUCUUUGGUUGUCAGAACCCAGGUAAAACCCCCUGCUACGUGUAAACGAUAAUCUAAAAAAAAUCGAUACAUCAAAUUACAAUUUACCAAUAGUUAGUGUUUGUUACUCUUCAGAGAAUACAAGCCACUUGUCAAAGAACUCAGGGUCUGGCCGCGGCUUAACUUAGACGCCCCACCCGGCUUCUCGCCAUUUGAUGAACCUGUGAGCAUGCGCACGAGAUCAAGAAGCUCAUCCAAGAGUCCACGGAGGAGUAACAGACGUAAGAUCACCCGGGAACCAACGGGAAGUGAAGACAAGAAGGGAUACUGUGAACUGUGUGAUGCAAAUUACGUGGGAAUAGAGAAACAUGUCACGAGUACACAACACAAGGUGACCGCCACACGGAGAAAUACCUACGCAGAACUGGACAGGCUCAUAGGACGAGGAAAGAGUUUGAAAGAGUUUGAAGAUGAAGUUAGGAGUAAAAGGAUGGGAGACCCAUCAAAGACAACUUGUGUAACAAGGUAAGCACGAAACGUGGAAAUAAUUUUAUCGCAAUUCGGAAAAUUCAUCUUUGAAACAAUUAUUUAGUUGUCAGUCAAUCAGAACAGGUUGAAUAGUUUAGGCCAAUACGUUUAUGGCCAAGCAAAUCAUCCGUCAUAUCUAUUGGUACAUAGGGAUGCAAAUUCUCGUUAUGAAUAAUGCGAUUAUUAGAAUGUAAAAAUUUGAUAGAAACAUUCAGUCACACAAAUUAUUGAUAACCCUCUUACUUAUUCACAACCCUUACUUUUCAGAUCAAGAACAAGGAGUAGGUCUCCUGUCGCAGUGAAAUCCACUACUGAUAAGAGCCAGGGGACACCAACAAAGCUGUCAUCUUCGCCACCAUCACGUAGGACCCCGAAGAGAAAGUCGGAGACUCAACUAUCGUUCCGAGGAACGCCGAGUCCUCCUCGGAAGCCCGCACAGACGGUGACACCCCUCAAAGUUGUCCGAUUUCACAUGGCCAGAAAUCUGUGACAGUCAGCGGUUUGAAACGUGGGCUCGUGUAUCCAAAAAAAUUCCUACUACGCAUGCGUUCUUGCAUCAGAUUACAUACAGCAAAUUAUGGCGAGCGGCGUAAGGGAUUCGAGCAAGAAUAGCCGCGGUUUAUUUCUUCAAUUACACAAUGUUUCUUCUGCGGACCUUCUUUGGGAUGAAAAAAAAAGUAGAAAAAGGAAAGCUAAUGUUUCUUCUGAUUAUUUUGCCGUGGAAAGGUUAAUCUCCAGGAGGACAUCACAUGGAACGGUGAGUUCACAAUUUGCCCUGGUCUACGAUGUAUGUCAUUAAUUUUCUUACAUGCUAAAGUUUUAUAAUUAAAAUCUUCAGGUUCAAUAUUUGGUGAAAUGGAAGGGAUACAGCGCGUUUCAUAAUAGUUGGGAAGAUGAAGAUAACUUGACCACCGAUCUUAUUAGGUAUUUAUUGUUGUAUCAUUUUUUCAAACUGUACUUAAAUUACCAUUACAAUUGAACAUGCUGAAAUACGGAAUUAACAAGAGAGAUGCACUCGUAUAAGCUCAUUCAUAGAAAGGUUUAUACUUAACUAAUUUUUUUUCACCAAUAAUACACGCAGUGAUUGCUGCUUUUCUUUUUCUUCUGCCUUUGCAUUGCUUUGAGUAUUACUUGUUCAUAGACAACCCCUCUUACAAUGUUUCCAUUUUCAUUAUUUUUCUUACAGAACUUAUGACAAGCCAAUUGUUGAUAAAGAGAGGCUAACUCGAAACGUUGAUAACCUGAGAUUAUCAGUCCUCUUUAAAUUAAGAAGUAAAUCAAGGUCUAAUGCUAUUUUGGACUUUGAUCAUGAUUGUUUUCGUUUUUUUUUAUGGUAAAGGAAGGGAGGGAAGGGAGAAGGGGUAUACUUUGUUAGAUAAGGAUGAUUUUAAAAAAUGUGAUUUACCAGAAAACUGGGAUAGGGUUAUUGAUUGUAAUGGGGAUGGGGUAAGGGUUAAAUAUCCAUUUAAAAUUAGAUUGUUUUUAGCAAAAUCACCAAAAACAUAUUCUAUUAUAAAUGGGAAAAUUCAAGAAGAUCAGAGAAUGUUAAUUGAGAAACUAUCAAUUGAUUUCAGUCGUCAACCUGUUACUAUUCAAUCAUAGAUAUUAUAAACAGAAAGUGAAAUUGAAAUUAACUGUAAUGGCUUUAGGGACUGUAAGGGGUUCCACUUGAAUGCAAAAGCUGCUAAGAAUAUGACCAACAAGUGAGUUGAAUGUACAGAAUAUACAUGGCCCCUAUCUAAUAACCCUAGGCUUAAUCCACAGUAUGAAUUUGCUUGAAAUUGCUUUUAUUUACAAAGUUAAUUAUAAUUUUGUUGAGUUGAUGUGUUUUCACUGCACUCUUUGCUUGUCAUGUAGCUUUUCAUGUGAGUUUGUUUAUAUAAUUUUGAAUGUGUAAGGGAGUCCCCACUUAGAGUAACUAAAGCCAUUUUAUGCUCCCAGAAUACUAAAUAUUCCAUAUUUUCUCAUUGGAAAAUUUCCUCCAGUUGUUUAAUUAGUUCAGCCUUGGUUUUGUUGCUGAAUCCUCUCGCAUUUCUCUUCUUUAAUUCUUCUUUCAAUUGCUUCACUGUCAUAUGAGAACAGCUAGUGUCAGUGGUAGUGGGCUCAGGGAGGGGAUGUUCAUUUUGAGCUUCAAUAGAUUGCUGGAGAGGAUCUUGACUUAAAUUUACUCGUGCCUUUUUUCGGUUUUCUUUGAUUUCAACAUCCCAGUAGCUCUCCUUGCGCUUCAUGGAAUUGCGUACUUCCCGCUCGUGUUCUUUAAGCUCCCACUGACGUUGCUCUUGUCGCGGAACAUCUCAACUCCUUGCCCUGUAAAUAUUUUGUCUGAGUGGUGGAGUUCAAAGAACUUGGGAAUGUGUGCAACCAUAAUGUGCAUGUAUGGGGUAACUCUGGCUUUCUCAUACCCUUCUCUUUUGCCAUUUAGACUGGCAAAAAGAGAAAUCCACUCUUUGGCUUUCAUGAAAAAUUCUGUGGGGUCUUUCUCAGGGUUCCAGUCAUUGACAAGUUUGUAAAUUUCUGCAAACUCUGUCCAGACUGCAACCACAGUUGAUGCUGUUUCUGGGUGGAGAAUGUUACGUAGCUUACUGGGAAGGUCAGCUAAAAGGAUCUUUUUGUCUUUUCCAAGGAGACUUGUCCAGUCAUGUUUUCCGCUACCUUUCCCAUCUGCAUUUCUUUGUUCCCACACAUCAAAAGAAACACCACAAGAUUUGAUUACCCUAAUAAGGCUUUUUAGGUGUAAUCCUGUUGCUGCCCCCUUUUUAUGGUCUAAGUCAUCAUCUUUAUCCCAGUCAAGGCACUCCUGCACUAGAUUUCCAAUCAAAAUAUCUGUGAUUCUCAGCAUUAAGUGCAGCUCGUCUAUCACUAUACGAUCCAGUGGUAUAUUUAGUAUAGGUUGUUUAUCACAACAGUAAUUAUCUCUGGAUUUUUUAGACAUUUCAAACAUUUCUUUCAGUGUUCUUGCUAAGGGGGGAGUGUUAUAACUUGUAUAGUCAUUGUUGAUUCUCCAGCGAUCAUUUUUGUGUUUUUACCAGGCACAAGCAUAAUUAGAUGUUGCCCCCUUCAGUCCAAGCAUCAGUAAAAUAAAUUUAUAAUCACCACCAAGAUAUAAUUCAGUUUGAAUCUCUUGGCCAUCCACAUUCAUUUUACCUUUGGCAGUCAAGUCAUUUACCUCAUUGAAUAAACUCUGGAAUGAGUCUUUUAUUGUGUGGUAACUCUCGGUUCCAUUGACUAUGCCAAGAGUUCUGUUUCCUUUUGCAGACAUUACGGACUCCUCUGUUUGCAGAAUGGAAAAUGAAAGUAAAAUAAAAUUUGAAUUUCUUGUCAUUCUGGCACCAUCACCAUUGAUUUUGAUUUUAUCAGUGAUGGGAUCAAAGUCACUGUUUUGCUUCAGGAAAUCAGAGAUAUGUAUUUUAAACACUGUUUCAGCGGAAGUUACUUUGGCCCCUUCAAACUUAGCAUUCAGUGGUUCAAUUUUGCACAUUUUGUUCAGUUGAUCACGGCAUUGUUUGACCAAGUAGGACCUUGGUAGACUAUCCGUGAUCAUGGAAAUUUCGUGGUAAAAUGAAUCCCCCACACAAAAUUUGUCCAGUAAGAAAAGGAUUUUUUCAACAUUCUCUUUUUCAUGUGUGGACAAGGUACUAUACUUUCUUUCUCCUGCUUGAGUGGGUAAAUCUUGACAGUUGGGUUUACUUGUUAUGUUGUGAACCACAUCACUGUCUGAUUCUUUGACAGUUAACCCAACUAGUUCAACACCAAAGGAAGAGCAGAACCAGAGAGCAGCUUCGGCUCGUGAAAUAAAAGUUUUCAAGGUCCUGAACUUAUUUUUCACAGUUGAAAGAGGUUUUCCCUGGUAUGAACUAACUCCCACAGAAUUUUCCAAUGAUGCAAUAUAAUCUUCAAGCUCUUUGUUUGUUUUCUGCAAAACUUGGGUUUCAUUUUCCUUUUGGUUCACUGCCAGCACCAUUUCCUCAUAGAUUCUUUCCUUCUCCAACUCUAAAUCUUCAUAGGCCUUUUUCCAAUCUUGUAGCUCAUUUUGUAUGUUUUCAAUUUCUUGAUAGAGUUCAUGUACAGGUUUUGUUUGACCCUCCAUAACAUGAAACUUUCGGACUCGAUUAUCCAACUCUUUUCUUGCCCUGCCCUUAGUUUUUUUGUAAUCUAAUGAAAUUUUAUAAGCAAUAUUUAACAAAGCUUCAUCGAUUCCAUCUCGUAUAUUUUCAUCAUCGCUAAAGGCAAAGCAUUGCCCGAAUGUGCACUUUUCCACCAAAUCUAUGUAGCUGAACCUUUUUGCCGUGGGUGAGUUUUCUGCUGCGCUUGUAGAAGGAGAAUUUGCCUCUAUCUCUUCACAUCCGCUUGACAAAUCUUGACCGGAAGUGUCACGCGGCAGAACGUUUCGUUCUUGAACAGUUUUAUGCCAUUCUCUAAAAAGAGGAUAAGGAAUUUCCAAAGUAAAAAGCACUCUUUUCUCUUUUUCCCUCGCCUCAUAUCUUAAUUCCGGUUGAGUGAAUUUGAUUGCAUCCUUAAAACGCGAGCAACAUUGACUAAAUUCGUCGCUCAUUUUACUUGCAAAUUUUCGGAGAUUGUGUAACGCCAUUGCACAAUUUAUUAAAGGCACGGUUACAUAGGUCAAGUAAAGCAUUUGGGGAUUCAAGAUGGAGGACGAAGGGGUAGAAACUACGGUUGACGGUCGACUAAAAACAUGGCGUUUUCCCGAAAUUUUUCUUGGGUUUUAAAAAUGGCGUCACAUUGAGAACUAUUUAGCAGUAUUUGGGCCGUUUUUCCACCAAGUUUGGAACCGAUUUAGUGGCUUCAAUGGCUCCUAUUUUUGCACUAUAAAUGAAGUUUAGCAUGUGAACAAAUCAGUUCGAUCUGGAAGAACAUCCCUGUGAACCCGUGAAGUGGGUUGAUUUUCGACAAUUUAUGCUGCCUUCGGACAGUUAUUAAGAAAAUGUAUGGCGGAGUGCGAGGAUUUCUACGUCCAACAAAAAUUGCUUCGGGAACCGCUUUAACACAUGCAAAUGCACACAGAGCACGCAGCGAAAGGUUGUACAUAUAAUCCACUUUAUUUUGCGAUCUGGAAGAACUUGUCUCCUCUGGCGGUUGUAACACAGGAGCAAUUAUUAAAAGAAGGUUAGCUGAAAGCGCACUGUUUUCCUUGUAGUGAUUUUGCGACUCGUUUGUAACCUAAGACCGAGUUCGACAUCGAUGCGCGUGCGUGGCGGCCAUGCUGUCACGGAUUUCUGGCCAUGAAGACAAUCUAUACUCUGUCGUGAAAUCUACAAAGAAACGACGCCGAAACGACAACGACAGCGACUCCAGCCAUAUCAGCAGAUCAAAACGCAAGAAGACCGAUCGAUAUAGGAUUGUCGAGGCCACUCCGACGAAGAUCAGACUUCGUCGAAGCAAACGAAAGCGCAGGUCGACAGCAAAAGGAUCGUUGUUCGUCAGUCGAUCGCCAUAG